AGGAGAGAAUUUCUUUCAUGGAUUCUCAUCGCCGUCAAUGGCGGCGUCUCGGUUGGAUAAAGUCGUUAAACUGCAAGUCGAGAGUCGUCGUCGACGUCGUUUCAAACCACCACCACCACCACCACCGGUAUCGCCUGCUCCGCGCCUCCGGGAGCUGUAAGAACGGAGUCCGUUCCGUCAAAGACGCCGUCAAAUCCGCUCAGCAAAGAUGGCCAAGGAAGACGAAACCGCCGCCGCCAGAGGAUAUCGGACCCGUAACGGCAGAUUCCGGACCCGAUCAGACGAGAUCGUCGGCGAGACAUUCGCGGACCGAUUCGGAGCCCUGCUUCCCGACGCUUACCGAGCUUCCGUUAGGUCAUCCUUCGCGGAACGUGGUGGAGAUCAUCUUCCGCACGAGCUGGUCGCCGAAGGAUUUCCCCGGCCAGAUCGAGAUGAUUCUUAAGGUCCAGAAUCCGCCGCGGACGGUUGCUCGAUUCGAGGAGUACAGGGAGAUCGUGAAGAUCAAAGACAGUUGCGGCGGCGCGCGUUGCGUCGCCGACGGGAACGAGUUGAUGAGAUUCUACUGCCUAGGUCCCGCCGCCGGCGAGUGCGAAUCCGGUGGCGCGUGGAGCUUGCUGUCGGGCAAAGGGACGACGAUUUGUACGUUUUCCGGUAGCGGCGGUGCGCACGGAACCGACGGCGAGAGCGGAAGGAGAGGCAUGCUGCUCUGUCGCGUCAUAGCGGGUCGGGUCGGAAAGCAACUCGGGAUGGAUUCGGUACCGGAAGAGCGAGUCGGCACGGAAGACCAUCGCGAAGAAGAAGAAGAAGAAGUUGCAAAUAAACUGGAAUAAGCUUUCAAUUUCAUCCAGUUUUUCAAGUUUGGGGAGCGAGAGGAUGUGGAUUUUUGGCAGAAAAGGACCGUCUGGAUUCUCCGCUUCGUCAACUGCCGAGGAAGUUACUGAAGGAAUCGACGGAGCUGGCCUCACCGCCAUUGUUACAGGAGCCUCGAGUGGUAUUGGUGCAGAAACCACCCGCAUCCUUGCCAUGCGUGGUGUACACGUAGUCAUGGCAGUUCGCAACGUGGCAAGUGGUAAAGAAGUGCAACAGAAUAUAGCUAAAGAGAUUCCUAAUGCUAAAGUUGAUGUUAUGGAAUUGGAUCUUACCUCCAUUGCAUCUGUUAGGAAGUUUGCUUCAGAAUAUGAAUCGUCUGGUCUAACCUUGAAUCUCCUCAUUAAUAAUGCAGGGAUUAUGGCUCCGCCUUUCCUUCUCUCUCAGGACAAGAUCGAAUUGCAAUUUGCAACUAAUCAUGUUGGACACUUCCUUUUGACAAAUCUUUUACUGGAAAAGAUGAAGCAUACAGCCCUUGAAAGCCAGAAAGAAGGAAGGAUUGUCAUUGUUUCAUCCGAGGCACAUCGAUAUACAUACAAGGAAGGAAUUCGGUUUGAUAAAAUUAAUGACAAGGAAAGUUACAGUCCUCUAUAUGCUUAUGGACAAUCAAAGCUUGCAAACGUAUUGCAUGCUAAUGAACUUGCGAGGCGCCUGAAGGAAGAAGGGGUCUCGAUAACGGCAAAUUCACUUCAUCCCGGAGCAAUUGCCACCAACCUUUUGCGUUAUCACAGUUUUAUGGAUGGUGUUGUCAAGUGGAUCGGUAAAUACACGCUAAAAAAUGUACCACAGGGAGCGGCGACCACAUGCUACGUAGCCUUACAUCCACAGGUGAAGGGGCUGAGUGGCGAGUACUUCUCAGACAGCAAUAUCGCGAAACCGAGUUUGAAUGCCAAGGAUUCUGGUCUGGCCAAGAAACUAUGGGAAUUUAGUUUGAGCUUGGUAAGCUCCUAAUGAUCAUAAUAGCUGCUUUAAAAGAUGGCAAGAUAAAAGAUGACACUUUUGGUCUUUGUGUGUGUAUGUGUGUAAUCACUUCAAUGUCUAAGGGGUUGUUU